AUGGUUCGGGAAGAAAAAUUACAAAACAAAGAACAACUAAUCCAAGACCUCCAAACCAAAAUUACUGAAACUCAGCAAGAACUAACCCAAACCAAAAAACAAGAAGCCGACAAAACCAAAAAAAUUGAAAGAUUAGAAACUAAAUUAAAACUUUUAGAGGAAACUAAAACCAAAUUAGAAAAAGAACUAGCCGAAACUAAACAACUUCACCACAACCAAUUAGCCGAAAUAGUUAAAACUAUCUUUCCCAGUAGUGUUAAUCUUACUGAUAUUAGUUUUACUGAUUUGAAAAACCAAGCAGAAAAAGUUGUUAAAGAAAAAGUCAACUAUGAGAAAGAAACUAAGGAAUUAAAAACCACUCUCACCCAAGAACAGGCCAAAACCCAACUCUUAACCCAAAAAACCCAGGAACUGCAAACCGAGCUAACUCAGCAAAAAGCCACUAAUCAGCAAACUAGCACUAACUUACAAAACCAACUAAAAGUUAAAGAAAAAGAAUUACAAGAAAUCCGAGAUAAAACCACGCUUUCUACCGCGGCUUUGCGGUCAGAAAUUACUUCUUUACAAGAACAAUUACAGCAAAGCCAGGAAAAGAACAAGCAGUUAAGCACUUACCAAGAACAAAUUAAGAAACUUACAGUAGCUUUGGCAAAAUCUCAGGAGCGAUUAAACCUGGCUCAAAACCAAAAAGAACAAUUAGCAAGAAAUUUAAAGGAAAUCACCAAAACUAAUCAAGGACUUCAAACCAAAGUUAUUAAUUUAGAAGUUCAAAUAAAAUCUAAGGAAGAACUAAUCCAAGAAAUAACCAAAAAAAACCAAGCAUUAGCCAACGCUUUAUCUAAGCAGGAAAUUUCCCUAGAAAACAGGCAAAAAAUAAUUGCUGAAUUAACUAACCAAUUAGAUUAUAAUAAAGAGUUAGUAAACACAGCCCAACUAGAAAAGGAAAGGUUAACUAAUUCUUUUCAGCAAUUAGAAGAAAAAUUAAGCCAAUUCCAGCAAAAAAGAAGUGAACAGGAAAAAGAAAUUAACCAAUUAAAACAAAAACCUUUAACUAAGUAUUAUCAAGAAGUGAGGAAAAGAGAGAAUAUUACGACAGAACCUGAGCUUACUCCUAGUGGGCAAUUCUCGCUUAAUCAGGAAAAGAUAAUUCUAGCUCUUUUAGCUCUACAAACUGGAAAAGUUAUUUCUCAGGUGAUGAUGCUUAAACCAAGAAAACAAACCAAAAAGAAGCCCCCAGAAGUCGCCCAAGAAAUAAUAAAAAUAACUAAUUGCUCUAAUUUAGACUAUAAUAUUACCGAGCAGGGUUAUAUUAAUUUUCGUUUCCCUGCUACUUAUUAUCAACAAUUUCUUACUAAAACGUUAGCCAAAGAAGGUCAGAAUCUCCGCAGCAAAAGAAAAAGUAUUCGGAUAAAUAUUGAAUAUGUUUCGGCUAAUCCCACCGGUUAUCUCCAUUUAGCCCAUUUUCGUCAUGCGGUUAUUGGUAAUGCUCUAGCUAAUGUUUACCAAUUUUGCGGCUACAAAAUAACUCGCGAAUAUUAUAUUAACGACCGGGGCGGGCAAAUUACUUCUUUAAUUAAUUCAGUUUAUUUUUAUUAUCACCAAUUACAAAAUAUUUCUCUGGCUAAUUCCGCUAAAAUAGAGUAUGCUGGCCAAGCCAGUCAAGAAGUCGCCCAAAAAUUAAUAGAAAAAUGGGGUAAUAAAUAUAUCUGCCAAGAACUAAAUGAGGAAGAAAUUAAUUUUGAUAUUUGGUUUUCCGAAACCAGUUUAUACGAAAAAGGCAAGCAUGAGAAAUUACUCACGGAAUUAAAAGCCAAGAAUCUAAUUUAUUCUCAAGCAGGUGCUACUUUCUUCCGCACUAGUUUAGGAGGAGACGAUAAAGAUCGUGUAAUUAUUAAGCAAGACAGUGAUUAUACUUAUUUUUUUUCGGACAUUCUUUACCACUUGGAUAAGUUAAAAAGAGCCGAUAAGUUAAUUAAUAUUUGGGGUGCUGACCAUCAUGGAUUUAUUGCCCGCUUAAAAAGUGCUUGUCAAUUACUAAGUUAUAAACCAGAAGAUAUUCAAAUAAUUUUAGUACAAAUAGUUAAUUUACUUACCAAAGAAGGUCGCACGGCAAGAUUUUCCAAAAGAGCUGGUAAUACUAUUGAAUUAGCCGCAGCCUUGAAAUACGUGGAUAUGGACCAAUUAAAGUUUUUUUUAUGCGAAAAAGAACCAAGCCAGCCUAUUUCUAUUAAUAUUAAAGUGCUGAAAGAAAACCAAGAAAAAACCUGUCUUUAUUAUAUCCAAUACGCUCAUGCUCGCUGCCACCAAAUAUUUCACAAAGCCCAAGAGAAAAAUACAGCCCAUAUUAGUUCUAAUAUUAAUUUAUUAUCAGGAGCCAAAGGAAGAAAAAUACUUAAUUUAUUAAUUCGUUUUUCUUUGGUCUUAGAAAACAUUAUUGAGGAGAACAAACCCCACCCUUUAAUCCAUUAUUUAUACGAUUUAGCCCACGCCUGGCAAGUCUAUUAUCAAAAUAAUACCAUUUUAGAGCCCGCUAACCCUGAAUUAACUGCCCAAAAACUUUUAUUAGUCAAAAAUAUUCAAAUAAUUUUAAAACUAGGUUUGGGAUUAAUGGGAAUAGCCGCACCCAAUCGCAUGUAA